UAUUCAAACGUGUGUCAUAUUUAUUGUAUUUAUCUUGUAUUAUGUUUCGCAACACCUAUCAGAGCGGAUUUCUUACGGUAUUCUCCAGCAGUGGCAGCAAACCGCUCGAAAUAUGGGACGUGGUCACCAAAAAUGGCCACUCCAAACGGGUAACGGACGAAGAUCUGAAGCUGAUGUCGUACGAACUGAUGGGAUCCAAUGUGGCGACGACCUACAUGGUGGCCCCUAGAAGGCCCUGCCCCUCUUUGGGCGUAAAGCUUCCAUUUUUGGUGCUGCUAGUGAAAAAUUUGAGAAAGUUUUUCUCUUUUGAAAUCCAAAUAUUGGAUGAUAGAAACUUGAUGCGUAGAUUCCGGGCAUCGAACUAUCAAAGCUCUACACGGGUUGACAAUUUUUGCACCGUUAUGCCUUUGGCGCUGACUCCCGGAUGGAACCAGAUUCAAUUUAAUUUGGCCGAUUUCACCCGGCGAGCCUACGGGACGAACUACAUUGAAACGGUUCGGCUACAGAUUCAUGCCAACAUUCGGGUGAAGCGGAUCUAUUUUAGUGAUCGUUUGUACAACGACGAUGAGGUUCCAGCCCAACUGAGGCUUCACCCACCACCGAGACCAACAAAGUUGAACGAGAUUAUGAAAGGGAAGGGCAAAAAGAAGUCCGAAAUUCAGGAAUCCGUUCGGCCAACUACUCCGGUACCAGAAGGAGAAGAAGCUGAGGAACAGUUACCAGGCGUUGUGGAAGAGGUUGUUGGAGAACCGGUGGAGAUUCCAGAGACUGGCGAAAAUCCCCCUACAGAAGAAGCUGCUGAAGUUGUGGCAGAGAUCUCUCCUGAAGAAGUUCCUGUUGAAGAAAACGUACCACAAGAAGCCGUUGAUGAAAACGUAACAGCUCCGGCUGAGGAGGCUGAAGGUGGUCCGGUAGUCGAAGAAGUUGUCGAAGGAACUGUCGAACCACCUCCGGAACCUGCAGCAGAGGCAGAAGAACCAGCACCUGAAGAAGUAGCACAAUAAUUUGAAAAAUGCUCAUUUAGCUUUGACUUCUUUUUAUCCAAAUU